AUGCAGUCCACCGAUUCUUUCAUCAUCCACGAUGAUACUGCCCCCUCGUCCGAUAAUGAUGAGAUCGAUUCCCUUCCGUCAAUAUCUAGCAGCGUACUAGACUCGGAGGACGAUUCGGAUGCUCAAGAAGAAUGGGAGCGCAGUCUGGAGCAGGUCCAGCUUUUGCUUACCAUGGUCAUCGUUCCAUUCGCUGGCAAGUACUUGGGUCGCAAGUUUGCGUAUUGGAGCUGGUCGAGAUACAUGGAAUGGAUGCAUAAUGUGGAGGUACGGUGGACGAACAAGGGCGCCUUCAAGGCUGUCGGUGCAGUUGAAGCUGCGGCCACAUUAUAA